UUUUGAGACGGACAUCUUGGAACCAGGCAGGCGGGCUGCUCCGGUAACCAUGCCCGACGCUCGAGUGUAGUACCCAUGCAAUGAAGUGGGGGCACCACGUCAGGCCUGGCCCACGCUGGUAGCGACCCCAGGCAGCUAUGCCUUCCGGAUGCAGGAUGGACAGCCAGGGCCCGGAAUGGUGCAGGUCCUGUCCACUGGAGAAUGGGAGGAACCCUUGGCAGUGGAGCGAGAGCGGGCAAUAGGGUACUUGAGAAAUGCAACCGCAGUAGAGGGAGUGACGGAAGCAGAGAGGUGGCGAGCUCUAGGGGGAGCGAUAGAUCAGCACACACUGGUAUGGUUGAUGUACCGGGCAGAGAAGCGAUAGGAGGCAAUGCACAAGCGGCUGCUGAUGAUUUGGAGGUGGAGGGAUAUAGAAGAAAUGCUAGAGGCAGACCCAGUUCAAGCCAUGGACAUAGCGAAGGCAUGGCGAAGGAUGAAAGUGGAGGCAAGGGAGGAAGGUAGGCGGGAUGAAGAGUGCUUGAAUAGCAGAUGAAUCAGCCUCUUGGCGAGAGCAACGCAGGAGGCUGAGGAGCGGCAAGAUACGAACGAGGAGCUGGAGGCAGAGCCCCCCCCCCUUAGGGACGCUCCCCCUGAGGAGAGUCAGUGGGACAUAGGGGAGGGGCUGGAGGAGGGACAGAAGGAGGAACUAACGGGGGUACUCGAGAAGGCCAGAGACGCCUUCGCAUACUCACUGGCAGAACUGGGCAAGUGUAACCGGACAGAGAUGGAGAUUGAUUUGCAGAGCUCUGAGCCUGUGUAUCAAAGGAGACGGAGACUGAGUCCAGGGGAUCGCGACAUCAAUUGGCCAAAUGCAAAGAGGUGCUAGCAGCCAGCUUGAUUCAAGAAUCAACAUCAGAGUAUGCAGCGGCAACUGUGGUAGCGGUACACAAGUACUUGACAGGAGAAAUGCUAGCAAGACGGAUGUGGGAGGAUUAUCGAGGCCUGAACCGCAUGACGAAGAGCGAUAGGUACCCCAUGCCGAUGGCGGAGGAGAUUUUUGACAAGCUGGCGGAAGGGAGGAUUUACUCAACUUUAGACCUCCGGCAGGGAUUCAAUCAGAUCCCGAUCAAGGAAGAAGAUAAGGCCAAGACCGCCGACUAUCCAAAGAAAUGCCACUUCGGGGUUACGACAGUAGCUUACCUGGGGUUUCAGGUGGGAGAAGGCGGGCUCUCGGUGCAGCAGGCGAAGGUGGAGGUGGUUGACAGGCUGAAGGCGCCCACGGAUUGUAGCACGCUAAGAGCGCAGCUGGGAUUCCUGAGCUACUACCGCAGGUUCAUCCCGAACUUCAGCAAGACAGCCAAGCCACUAAGUCAGUUGUUGAGAAAGGAUGAAGGAUGGAAGUGGUGGAAAGAGCAAGAGAGAGCAUGGACCACCCUCAAGGAGGCCGUGAAGACGGCGCCGCUGCUGAAGCUGCCUAACCCAGACGAGCCUUUCCUGCUGUACACAGACUGGAGCAGCAGUGGGAUGUGCACCGUGCUCUGUCAGGAGGAAAAAGGAACAGAGAGGGUGGUGGCGUACGUCAGCAGGUCAUGUAGCCCGGCGGAGAGCAAUUAUAGCUCGUACGAGGGAGAGGGGUUGGCGGCAGUGUGGGCGGUAGAGCUGUUCCGGCCCUACUUGCAGGGGAGGAAGUUCACGCUGGUGACGGAUCACCAACCACUGCUCUGGCUGAUGACGAACCAAACCCUGAAGGACCGGAACGCUCGAUGGGCUAUGCAUCUACAGGAGUUCGAGUUCGACGUGAAGCAUCGACCGGGGAAAGACUUUGCAGCAUGUGGAUGGCCUAACUCGCCAGAGGCAAGAGGGAGACGAGAGGAGAGAGGUGCGGGCAGAGGCCGCACUUACUUGUAUGGCGGUGGCCCUGGAGAAGGAGGGAUGGAACCGGAAGACAGAGACAGCAAAGGGCAGUUGAGAGAUUUGGGAAGACCAGCCAGUGCUCGCCUGGGGUUCAGGGCAGGGGACCGGAAGGGGAAGAAGUUCCUGAGAGGGUGCGAGUGCGGGGGGGUGCAUUACCGAUGGCAGACGGAUCAGCAGCAGCUGGUGACAGAAGAUGGGUGGCGGAUAGUGCCACGGCCAGAGGAAAGGGAGGCCCUGAUCGUGAAAGUACAUACACAGUUGGGGCACUAUGCCGUGGAACGGACCGUACAGAUGCUGCAGACCAUGUACUGGUGGGCGGGCCUGAGAAGAGAAGUGAAGGAAGUGCUGGCCAGAUGUGAGCCAUGCAGCCAGAGCAAGGCAAAGCUGGAGCGAACCAAGGCAGAGCUGCAGUCUCUACCCAUCGGUUCAAUCGGGUAUCGCUGGUCCUUAGACAUGGUGGGGGAAAUGCCGCUAUCUCGGCGAGGCAAGCAAUACAUUCCGUGAUGAUCGAGCUCACGAGCAAGUGGAUAGAGGUGGCAGCACUGGCAUGGAAGACAGCAGCAGCAGUGGCAAAGGCUUUCACCCAGCAAGUCGUAACCAGGUCGGCGCAUGUGGGGAAGUUCUGACGGACAAGGGUGGAGAAUUUGCGGGAGAAUUCCACGGCCUGCUGCAAGAGGUGGGCAUCACCCAGCGGCGGACUUCACGGUACCAUCCCCGGGCUGAUGGCCUGACAGAGUGAAUGGUCCAGACUCUGAAGAUGGGCCUGAGGAAGUACUGCAAGGAGGAAGAGCAAAGGGAGUGGGACCAACAUCUGCCGUGGGUGGCGGCGGGGUAUCGCUUCAGCAAACAGCAGGCUCUGAAGGAUUAUUCCCCGUACUAUCUGGUUUUCGGGAAGGAGCCAGUGCUGCCGGUGGACGCUCCACUGAUAAUGGUGCAGUCGGUGUCCACUGACGACCCGCGCACCUGGGCGGCGGUGGCAGCCAGAUGCGCUAGCUACCUCCGCAGCGUGCUGCCAGCAGCCUUGGAAAAUCUGGAAGUGGCGCAGCUCCGUGAUGCUCGAUGCUACCGACAGCGGAAGGAAGGAGUAGGUGGAGGACCUAGGCAUGGGACUGAGCUGCAAAUUGGGGAUGAGGUGUACCUGAAGGAGCCGCGGCAUAAUACGCUGGAGUGUGGCCUGAGUAAGCAGCGGUGGGUCGUGCGCAGGAAGGAGGAGUCGGGGGUCCUGACACUACAGAAUGCGCCAGGGAGGUCGGUUCAGGAUCAUGUGACGAAUGUCGCCCGAGCAUCCGGUUCGCGACCAAGCAGCGGGGGCGCAGGGCAGACCGAGAGGGGGCAUGAGUCAGGGGAGUCGAAACUCAUCACAUACAAGCGUAGGGAAGGCAAAGAAUCUUAGGAACCAGGUUAGGCAUUGCAGAUGAGAGCUGCGGGGAGGGGAGGAGGCUAUGCGACAGCUGUCGCAUGAACCUCGUUGUACCCGUUACCGAGUUUUAUGGGACAGCGCGGGAGGUGCAGGUGCGGAAUUAGAGGUUCGGAAAAUGUUGUAAGCAAGUGUAUAUAGUGUACAUAGCCGACGAAUCUUUCAAUAAAGGUACAGUGAUGGGCGAGCUGGGAGCGGUUGGCCAGCUGGGAAGGAAGCAGGUUGGGGCAUGACACGUAAGUAAGCAUGAGGAGCGGUUUGGGCAGUAAAAUCAGCGAAUGAGAGAGGUGAGUCGAUGGCAGGAAUCAGGGUGAAUGAGGCAUGAGAGUGCGAAAGCAUCAAAAGCUGUUAUGU